CCGACGGCGGCGCCUGGCAACAGAAAAAGACGUGAUGACGUCCUCUCCAGAUUGCGUAUUAUGGGAUGUGCGAAAUUAAACAACCCGGAGAGGACACGGGGAAGCCAAAAAUAAUAAAAGAGACAGAAAUAAACGAGGUGCAUGGUGAAUCAUGGAGCUCUCGGCUGUUGGUGAGAGCGUCUUCGCAGCCGAGUCCAUCAUUAAACGGCGAAUCAGACGGGGUCGCUGGGAAUAUCUCGUGAAAUGGAAGGGCUGGUCUCAGAAGUACAGCACUUGGGAGCCGGAGGAAAACAUUCUGGAUGCACGACUCUUCGCCGCCUUCGAGGAGAGGGAGCGCGAAAGGGAGCUGUUCGGGCCGAAAAAGAGGGGACCCAAACCCGAAACAUUUCUCUUGAAGGCCAAAGCCAAAGAAAAGACAUAUGAAUUUCGAAGAGAGGCUCCCAGAGGGAUCCAGGUCUCCUAUCCCGUCCCGGAGCCUGUCAUAACACCGAGGGCCCGGGAGGGUUUGCGCGCCGUGGUUCCCACGAUCUUCCCGCCGAGCGCCGUCAACAGAGGAGAAAGUGUCCAGGUCCGACCCCCAGAGACCGAGAGGAGGCCCAGACCGACGCCACCAGCUGCCCUGACACUCCAGGAAUCCGCCCGGUUCCCCAAAAAGAGAGGGCGCAAACCGAAGCUGCACUUGCAGUAUGAGAAAGAUAGUGGGAGCGGCCCAGCAGAGCCGGACGCCAAGCGGAAUAGGUUCCUGGAGGAGCCGGUGUCACACGGUCUGUCCAAAAUGACCCGGCGCCUGCAUCACCACGGAGAGACGUCAGACCACAGCCUCGUCCAGCUGACCAAGAGGUUUCAGGAGGAGACCACGAUAACACCCAAAUCCAGCAGCGAGCAGAGACACUUGGGGGACGCGGGCCUGUCUUACACCUGCGCCUUCAGUCCAGAUGGGCGUAAAAGCGAUCAGAGGGGCCACAGGACUUACUGUCUGAGCAGGAUGUCUGGCCCUCGGCCCGGCAAGCUGACGCACUCCGCCGAGCACCGCAGCCACCAGGUGAAGGAGUGCCGCCUGCCCCGGGACCCAUCCGCUGUCAUCUCCCCACAGUCCGAGUCCAUCCACGAUUCAUCCGCGCGGCCAGCCUCGUCCUGGACCCCCAGUCUCGCCAGCCUGGACACUGUGACGGUGACAGAUGUCACCAUGAACUUCCUGACAGUCACCAUCCGAGAGAGCAGCACGGACAAGGGCUUUUUCCGAGAUAAAAGAUGAGUAUGUGCGUUGGAGGUUUAGGUCAGAGGAGGCUAAUAUACGCCCAAAUAAUUGUUUAACAAGCUACUAACUAACAGGCCUACUGUAAUACUAUAUUUUUUCUAUGUAACUUUCAAAAGUGUACAUACAAAUAUUUAAUACGCUGCUGAAAGAAUAAAACAAGACAGUGACAUUGCAAAUUUAAGGGGUAUUUUUGUUGCGCUUGAUACCACCGCUAUCAUCUUGUUAAGACUUUACACAAUGGCUUUGUCUUUUUUUUUUUAUCUUUUUUUCUUUUUAUUUGUAUUAUAAAACUGUGCAACCGCGCUGUUUAUAAAAACCAAGUUAAACACGUUACAAACUGACAUCUUCUCAAGUUUCAUUUCCAGUCGUUACCAGUCAUAUCUUUCACCCUUCCAACCAAAAAGCCACACGAAGGGGCCAAGAUGAGGUUCUGAAUAGGAAGUUAAAAUACUUUUACUUUGUCGUGUAUCCAUGCAUAUUGAUAAGGAUGUUUGCAGCCAACAGAAUCGUGUCAAAUAAUCGAAAUAAUCAACGCCACGUAGAGUUACUGAUGUUAGAUCAGAGGAAAAUUAAACUCCAACUUCAUCAUAUUUAGAAUACCUAAAUACAUUUUGUGUGCGUUCCUAGUCCUAAUCUAAAAAUGCUUAUUUAGACUACGCAAUAUAUAUAUUUUUGUAAAGGUUUUACUGUUGUUCUAUGUAGAGGUCACGUUCCAACAGACAUGUCUGAUGAUUCCUGCUGAGCAAGUUUCGGGUUUGUAUGAAUUAUUCAAACGGGGGAAAGAAUUGAACAGAUGCAAGUGAUCAAAUGUGCUCCUUUGGAUUGAUUAAAAAUGGAUAUUUUCCCGUAGCAGUUUUGUAUGAGGAGCUUUCUUUUCACGCGAGACUGCACUGAAAUACACAUCAGCACAUCUGUACAUUAGUAUGACAAAAAAAGAAAAUAAAUAAAUGAAUGUUUCUGUGACUCACCUGGGUCGGUUGAAACCACGAAGGCCUGAUCUCAAACUGAAGGAGGAAUUUGAUUUUAGAUUUAUUCAGAGUUUCCAUCUUUUUAAAGUACCAGUGGCAAAAAGCUGUGAACCGGGUCUCACGGGAAUGAAAACAAACCCUAGAGUUGUGAUUAUUCACUGGGCCUUAUUGUAAAAUCGAGACCUACAGGACAUAUAUUUUCUUGCUUCGUUAUCACCAUCACCAUCCCCAGUGUCACCACCGCCACUUUCGCUGACAAAUCCCACAUGGAAGGACUGGGGUCAGGCCUCAAGGCAGACGGCGAGUCGUGGCGGGGCGAGUUGAUUUUUGACACUUUUAAUUGACUCGGAGGACGCCGCAAAUGAUUGUGACAGUAUCACACCAUGACACCAGUGAGCCAUAUGUCUGCCGUCUGGUCCUAAUCUCUAGUCCUGGUCUCGGGGACACACGACCCAGAGCGACCUUCCGGUACCCCUGUAAGAGAACUCCGUCUGGUUUCCGGCUCACUAAUGGUGAGACGACGCACACCACUGCGAUAUUAAAGCUGUGCGAGGGGUUAAUAUCUAACCUUGGUAUUGCAGUUUAAUGGAAAAUGAAAGUGAAGCAUCAGUUUCCAGAGAUGUGCUUUGAAGCAUACUCAUUAAAAAUAAAAUACACUCAUCGUCUGUUAUGCUGUCAGUCUUAACAACCGCAUUCAUUUCUAGACUGUAUUUUCA